CUUGUUCAAGGGGAAUGUUUAACCUGCCGCACCGCUGGCGGGGCGUAGCACAGUGAUGUGUUCGGGUAACAUUAGAUUUACAUGAAUCGUAUAUUUCAUAUUUUACGACUCUAGCUGCACAGUCUUAUUUUACCCUCUGCGGGUCCUAAUACUAUAGCAAUCGGAAGCAUACAAUCUACGAUCUGACGAUGAAGAAGAAAACGAUGGGGAAGACGCGUCACGUCAUGGCCUGGAUGAACAAAGCAGAGUUCGAGCAUGUGAUGGAGUAUUUGUACUCCAAAGAGCCCGCGCUGCAGAAACACGCGCUGCACAGGAUCUCUGCGUGGAAGGGCAGGUUCGGGCAAAGCACUCCGGUGGCCGUGGACAGCACCGCAGACCUGGUCCGAUGUCAGGUGCUGGACAGCAUGGGUCAGCUGGAGGCCAGUGAUCUUGUGCUGCUCUAUGGCAUGGCGCUGGUUCGGUUUGUUAAUCUCAUCACAGAACGGCAACAGAGAAAAGUCGCCAGACCCUUGCGAAGGUUAGCCAGAAAUAUAAAUAUACCAGAGUGGGUGGUAAACCUCAGACAUGAUCUGACACACCGCGGACUUCCAUCUCUAAAGUGGUGCCGAAAAGGUUGUGAAUUUGUGCUGGACUGGUUGCAUCAAGAGUACUGGUCUCGCCAGAUGGGCAGUCAGCUGACAGAGAACUGGAACUCUUUAUCAGAAGAUGAGGACGAAGAGGAGAUUGUUAAAAGACAUGAGAGAGAUCUACUCAUCAGACAGACAGAGAUUGAGGCACACAAAAAAGUCAGAGAACUGCUCAUCUCUUAUGAACAGGAACAGUUUCAGACGUACGAAGAGCUGGCAAAGCAGGGAGGGCAGCAUGGCGUGUGGCCGGAUGCCAGUGCUGAUCUCAGCUGGAUCCUGACACAGAUCAAACACUUUGCCACAGAGGCCAGAGACAUCUUUGCUGAUGUUUUAAUGCAUGAUGGAUUCCUUAUUCCCACUGCUGAACAACUGGAGUCUUUGGAUAUUGACCCCUCAGAAGACUCUGUCGACAAGUUCGCCCCUUGUCUUCCUCGAGUGUUCUUGCACUUCUGGUUGCCGUGCUUGAAGGUCCUGAAUUCAUCCAUCUUUAUAAAUCUGAUCCUUGACAAACUAUUCGCUGAGCUUUCUAACGAGCCGUCCAGUCACAGGACUUACUACAUUGCCUCCUGGAUCUCCGAAAUUUUACUCUGCAACAGCAAAUGUGAAUUGAAGGCUCACAAGAAACUAAAAAUAUCAAAAGAAAGGAUCUUUGUGAACAGAUUGCAGUUUCCAUGGCAGAAUCUGAUUUCUGCAUGUGUGAACGCACCAUGCCCAGCAACACCGUUCCUUCUGCGACAGAUAUUCAGUGACAUGGAUAAGCCCCUCCCACAAGACGCUCAGCGGAACCUGCUUCAGCUCUGCAGCAUUUACACACAGGGUUACCAUAGAAACUCCUCUGAACCCUCAGACCCUCCUCAGCCAGUGUACACCCUACAGAACCUCCAGGAGAGACUCAAGAGUAAUGCCUCACAGAACAGAGACACGCACUCAUCUAACCACACCCCCGGAUCAUUGCAGGCUCCGCCUACAGAGGAGCUCCAGGAAAAGCUAAGCCCAGAGGCUGUGCAAGAGAGAAACUCUGCAUUACGAGGAUCACCAUGGAGCGUGUGCACAGAUAAAGUCCCUUGGAAACAGUACCCACUAGGAAAGGUUCCAGGACAACCAGAAGACCCCUCCUGUUUGAUGGUGGAGUCUUAUUCUACAUUUACUGUGUUUGACCAGCAGGUGGAGCUAGAUCAACUCCCUCAGCACCAUGGCAACAGGAGUGUUCCCCUUCAGACCAGAGGUGCCAGUGGAUCUGAUGGGCUGCUUUGGACUCACAGUGAUUUGAGCAAACUCAAAGCUGGACUCAAACUGUUCUAACACUCAGAUACUCAAUAGCCUGAAGAUACUGAACCACCAACCCUGAAAUAUGAACCCUGUCAUGUUAAAAACAAACACUUGAGGGCUAAGCUGGACUGAGGCUCUUCUAAACACACUCACAUCCAGUCUCUCUUCUACUUUUGUCUCUGACAUGAUGCUGUUGUGUACUGCACAAUUGGAAACAUGAAGCUGUUUUUGUUUUGUAAUUCAUGUUUGUCUUACUUGAGUAUCAUUACAGUUACAGUCCAGACUGCAGUUUAGCUCGUGGCGUCUAUUCAAACCAUCCGGAAGUGAAACUCCCAUGAGCAAUGUCUCACAAGGUUCUAAUGAAGAAGUUGGUGCUGUUUGAGAAAUGUUGUAAAUUACAUUAUUUUUGAACACAAAGUUGCCAAAUAAACUUCAUUUUUUUAUUGUGUA